GGCUGCUAAUGUGACAGAUUGUGUGUGACGAAGGCAAUGCGAACGAUUGUACAGAUCCAGAUAAAUGUUGCAGAUAGGUCGUCGGUAGUCUUCCUUCAUGGUGUAGGGUACCUUUAAGGGCUCCAAGAUUCUUUGAAAGACAAAGACUGGAAGAUCAAAAUGGCGUCCAUAAUUAAAGGCCAGAUUAUCAAGCAUCUUUCCAAGUUUGCAAAGAACCUCUCACAAGAUCGAAUCCGACUAAGCACACUAAAAGGAGAGGGAAAUCUAACAGACUUGGAGUUAGAUGAGAAAGCAUUAAUGGAAGUUUUAGAGUUUCCUUCCUGGCUGGUCCUUAACAAGGUUGUGUGCAAUAAGGUCUCCGUCAAGAUUCCUUGGACCAAGUUAAAAACACAUCCUAUCAGUAUUUAUCUGGACCAAGUAGAACUGGAGAUGGCGACAUGUCGUACACUCAGAGAAACAACGAGUACGUUACAAGACAUGACAAAUAAACAGUCUCAAGUGCCUGCAAGCAGAUAUGGUUUCCCAGAGAAGGUAGUGGAUGGCAUGUACAUUCACAUCAACUCUAUUACCGGUCUUCUAAAAUCAGACACGUUUCACAUCAACCUACAGAUUGCUCAGCUGAUUGUCCAAAGCACUACUCCACAUUGGAAACCAGCUGAUCUACGCUAUACUCGCAUCAAAGACUCCAACAAGGAACAGAUCCUUACCUUCAAAGAAGUGGAAUGGUCCACUGUUCGCCUUACAUUAGAUGCUAUUGAGACUGAUGCGGAACGGCCCACUACUCCAAUUAGGUUGAUCACAAAUCAAGGAAAGGUGCGAGUUACAAUCAAGAAGCAUGAGAUAGACUGUAGUCUCAUAUCAUCCAAGCUUCAGAUGUUACUGGAUGAUAUUCUCUGGGUUUUGACUGAUUCUCAGAUGAAGGCAGUGAUCCUUCAUCUACGAAGUCUUAUGCCUGUCAUUGAGAAAGCAGCCAAUCAGAGCAAAGCAAGGGCAGCUGAUAAAGGACAGCCCACUGCUUCUCCUUCUCCAAUGCAAGAUGACUCCACUAAUAGAACCCAUAACAUCAAGACGCAUAAGGAGCUACAGAAUCUACAGUACUUUGAGAAAUAUGACGUCCAAGAAACUUCUUAUCAUUUAUUCACACGAAGCAUUGAUCUGCAUCUGUGUGAUGAGAUGAACCAACCAGAGCAGGGAAUGGAAGAGAAGUUUAAACGUCGCAUUGAAAAUGGUGCAAUGCAGAUUGGUCUCCAUGGUUUCUCGCUGGAUUACUACCCGUUCCAUACAGCAAGUAGUAGCAGAGAACAUUGGGACUUCUAUGAUGAAGCAAUGAAGACAUCUGAUAAAUGGAUUCAUACUCUACUUGCACAUCUCAAACAACAAUAUAAAUAUGCAGCUGAUUACAUCACCAAGAAAACAGCCAAUAAGGGUCCAGUUCAGCCUGGAGGUCAGAGUUCAAAUAAAGAGCGAACGACACCCCCACCCGGACCAGAAACUGGACCUAAACCAAAAGUUCAGUGGGCAGAUGCUGAUCAGGCUAAAGGUCAUCCCCAGACCAAAGGUCAUGAGGUUAAAGGUCACCAGCAAACCAAAAUGCAGCAGCAACAGUCCUUAAAGAGCGGGCAGCAUGUCAAAGGUCAGCAAGCAAAUGCUAAAGGUCAACCUGUGAGUCGACAGAAGUCAAGGGUGAAGUUGAUGUCACAUAGCAUGGUGGUUAGACUGAGGGACUUUAAAGUUCAUACAGUGGCGGUGGGGAAGAGUGCUGGGCACCAUACCAAAACCAACAACUUCUUAUUCCAGUCAGACAAGAAGACGUUUUUUCUGCCUGGUGAAAUGCCCUCCAUUCACAUUGAGUACACUUCCUUCUACUUCCCAGAUGAGCUCAACUUCCCAGAUAUGAGCAUUGAAAGAAUUGUGCCUUCCCCGAUUGCCUACAUUCAGCUGAAUCCAGUUCAGUUUCGCUUAGACUACACAUCAGUCUUGUGGCUCAAUCAGUUCUCAUCAAAUAUUCUCCAAACACUGUCAGAUAUUGAUGAGACUGGCUCUGGGACUCUACCAGAAGGCAAAGAUCAUACCGAUAUUCGCAUUGAUGCACUCAUGCCAAAGUUCAUCUUACCAGCAGAAGUCCCUGUAGAUGGUCAGCCAGACCGUCCACCAGAGCUUCAUGUACAAAUGUCUCAAGUCACUGCUACAAACUGUCGCGUAGGGACUGGAUCAAGCAGGCCUGAUCUGUCUCAUAUCUUACAAGCUCUGCAUACCAAAAAGCUCUUCAUGGCAAACUCCUCCUUCCCUAGCACAGCUAGCGACUUGAUGACAUUACCGAGUGUGUUAUGGGAACAUGCGUACCAACCUAACUACAUCCUGCCUCAUGAGUGUGAGACAGGAAACCCUAUUGCUAACGGUAGUUUGCCAAACAAACCAGCAACUGAGUCACAGGUAGGCACGGGAGUUAAUCGCUUGACAACCUACGUCUUCAGACCUAAUGCUGUGGAUGAUGUGUGGAAUAUUAAGAUUGAGCAGAUCUGGGCAGAUUUCCAUGCUGUGCCAAGUAGUUUAGAUCGGCCCAUCCCAUUGGUUGAUCCAAUCCCAUUAAAUCUAUGGACAUGCUCGCCAAGAAGAACAAUUGAUAGCCAAUCACAGUUGAGGACUCAAAAUGGAUCUUGCAACAACCAAGCAGAAUGUAAAACGGAAAAUUUGAAGUCAAAAGAAUUUGAAAACAAUCAAUCAAGCAGGACUGACCAAUCUCCACCAAGAACAGUGGGGCACAAGUUAAUUGGAAGAAUAUCAGCCAAUAAGAAUGUAGCAGAUCAGACCGAACAACUGAAAGCAAGUCUUGCAGACAACAACCAAUUAGCAACGACCGCAAAUAUGAAAUCACCUCCGCAACUCUUCCAAGGUUCUCAAAGCCAAGAGAGGUCAACCCAAGAGUUCAUUUCUAUGGCAACACCAAAUAGUGUUAUUCUACAAAGCAGUACAGAGAGGAGUGUAGCUGCUAAUGAGACACUGCUUUUGCAGGGUACCAACUACCUACCAAGUAAAGAGAUGAUAUCAACAGACGAGUCAAAUGGAUCGUCAUGCCCAAGGAAUAACCAGACUACUGAUUUGCAUAUCAUUGCACAGACUCCUUCAAGAAUUCACCUCGUUCUAAACCACUAUCAGAUGUUGUUCUUACUGCGACUGCAACAAUCUAUUCAGAGUUUACAGCAAUCUAUGGAAGCAGACCAGAAUAUGUUUGUGUCUAAAGACAAACCCGCUCCCCUGAUCAGCCGGGUUGUGGCUUUUGAAGCCCCUGACAUCCUAGCAACCCUCGUCAUGCCUCCUAUACCUGGCGAGGAGGAUGACGAGGACGAUAAAGAAGAUGCCAUUAAAGGGGAUUCUUCCUUGGGAAGGACUGGUACAACUCUAUCCGAUGUUGGCUCUACCAGUGAUGCUGUGGAGUCGAAUGUUAACAACAAAACGGAUGAAAAACACUUAACCAAUGAUGAGAGGUCAUCAGGAGCACCUGAUGAAGGCUCACCUGACAGUGAUAUACCCACAGUAGAGAUCUCUGAUUCAUCACCCAUUAAAGACUUGACCACAGAAAGGUUUCAGGGUACUCAGUUUGACGUAACCUCUAAAGCGUCUGCGGGAGCUCCUAUAAGUGGUGGCCCCCCUGGUGCUGUUGUAGUCUCAGAGGAGAUGUCGGUUAAGAGAUCAUCCUCGAUAUCGCAAUCUAGGCUUCCUUCAGACAGCUCCACUCUCUCCAACCAAUCACAGCGUCGUAAAUCACAGGAGGUGCUGACGAGCCACUCCGCGUCUGGAAGUCCAGUCUUCAGGAAUACAGACCUUGGCCAACCUCCUAGGAGCUCCUCCCAGUCAGAUCUUGCCCGUGUCCAUCACACCCAAAUGUCCUUCUCCACAUUACAACAGAUGGAAUCUAACUCUAGUAAAGCCUCAUCCUUGACGUCUUUGGACGAGUCUGUUGACCUGGAUAUGAUUUCAUUGAGUAGUGAUUCAAGCGAAGGUUUUGUGAUGGCGGUCAAGACCGAUGGACAAUCGCUUGGUAGCAGUCAAGGCACAGAGACAGACAGCGAUAUCGGGCAAGAUCAGAGCAAAGUAUCAGCAGAAAGUGCUGAAGAGACAUUACCUGCUGCACCAAUAGAAGAUUACAAGGAUAACAAACACAAACUCAAACAGGUGUCUGUAGUCACCUUUCAUCUGAUUGGUGUAAAUGCAGCUGUAGAGAUCAAUGGGUUGGACAUUGCAGUCAAGGCUGACGUGGCUCACCUUGAAAGAGAGGAGAAAGGAAAUGCAGACUACUCAGCAUUCAUGUCAACAAUAGCAGCAGUUAUAACUUCACCAGGAAAGUCAAAUAAGACAACAGUUAAAGCCAUGGGGAAUCUUUUUAGUUUUCCCCGCUUCAAAGGUGAUCGUAGCAAAAAGACAAAAGUAGACGACAAGAAGGAGGUAGAUGAAUCAGUCAAGGUCCCUGUAGCGCUGUUGAGAUUCCAGAGUGGACCAAGAGCAGAAAUUCUAUCCCCAGGGGGUAGAGAUAGAGGCUUUUUACAGUUGCAGGUGUGUGGUUUAGAUUCGACAUUCCGUAUGUCCACAAUGACUCAUCUAGGCAGCUUUGUAACAGAUGAAGUAAUAGGUGAUGCUAUGCCAAUGUCCAUCAAAGUAUUCAAUUCAAAGAUUGAGUUCAUGGAUGAUAGUCCGGCCAUCUAUCCCACACAUCCAGGCCCUCAACCAAUGUGUCUCGCUUUAUCUAAGGUCUUCAUUCAUCGCUCAGCAGAUGGGGUCUUCCACAUAGAAGGUGUGACAACCAUCCCUCAGACCCCAUCAGCUUCAACUAUCAUGGAAGAUAAAACUCCUACAAUCUCCCCAGCACAGCUUGAAGAAGAAAACCAGCAGCUCAUUUCACAAGUGGUACAAAUGAAGAAGGCGCUAGAUGUCUUAGAGAAUGAGAGGUCUUCGCUUCUAGGGACAUUGGAACACCUUCAGGAGGAAUUGUUGACUGUGGACAGGGAAAGAGAUUACUUAAGGAGUUCAGUAACGGACCUCACAAGACUUCUAAAAUUACAAAGAUAAGGUGGCAGCUAGGAACACUGGCCUAGCUACACAUGUACACACUUCAGUAAAUUUGUAUUGUAUAUAUGCCAUGUCAAGGUAAAUCAGGGUUUUGUUUCAACAAAGCAUCCAUUACUUGAAAUGUAAGUGUAUUACACGAAAAGACAUUGCGAUAAAUAUCAUACGGGCCUACUUGCAACAGAAUGGUUGAUUGACAUGAUUUUGUAUACCACAGGGUCUCCAGGAGAAGGUACACGUACAACAUGCCCAGAAUGCAGCUAAUCUGUUUUUAUAUAACCCUUUUAACACCUGAAGAGUGGCUCAAAGCACUUCCAACACUAUUACCCCUGGUCACUUGGCCAUUUGAUUCAGUCCUUAAACCAUUUCACGUCUUAAAUUUUUCCUUCACUUUGCUAUUAAGCGCCUCAGAAUUGGCAACUUACAAAAUGCCGAAUGAUUAAUUGACGGAACAAUUUUAAAGGCACUGGACACGUUUGUUAAUUGUUAAAGACAGUCUUCUCACUUUAGUAUCUCAACAUAUGC